AUGGAAGUGUCUUUAAUGCCAGGAACCUUCAACGUGAACUGGAAACAUUUACUUAUCGCGUUCCUUUUAUUGAUUGGGUUUAUCGUAUGCGUCAAGACACUUCGCACUCCCUUUAUAAGGUCUUCAUACGACUAUCAAGAGAACUACAAGAAAUACACCAAAAAUGCGCCAGUGCUUCGCGUAGCAAUUGUCAGUGACUUGGACACUGCGAGCAAAGAUGGGAAAGUAUGGCGCGCUCUUGUGAUGACGGGUACUAUUUUCAAACAAGGUGAUUUGUAUGACUUUUCGAAGGAUGGAGAGUUCAAUGUGACAUCUGCAAUCAACGAGAAAGGGCGAGGAAUGGAGUUGAGUGAGUUAUUGAAUUACAAAGGUGUUUUGUAUGGCUUUGAUGACCGAACCGGACUUGUUUGUGAAAUCGACAUGAAACAGAAAAAGUCGUUUCCAAGACACAUCCUUAUGGACGGGGAUUUGAAAAGUGAAAAAGGAAUGAAAAUUGAAUGGGCAACUGUCUACAAAGAUAAAAUGGUCAUUGGGAGCAUUGGAAAGGAAUUCACAACACCUACAGGAGAGUAUCUCAACGACAACCCACUCUUUGUCAAAACAAUUGACACAAACGGAAAAGUCGAGGCGUUUAAUUGGAAGGAUAAAUACCACGCACUUAAAAAAGCUGUUGGAAUUGAAGGCGAUGGAUAUUUCAUAAACGAAGCGGUCACAUACGCGGCUUCGAAGAACAAGUGGUAUUUUGCGCCAAGAAAGUGCAGUAAUGAGAGGUACGACGACACAAAGGACGAAACACGCGCGUGCAAAUACAUCAUAUCGACAAGCGACUUCAGUACGUUUGACGUGUUGAAUGAUCCACAACACGAUCUAAGUAAAGGGUUUAGCUCAAUCAAAGUACUU